CCCGCGCCCUGCCGGGCCAACGCCUCGGUGGCCGCGCUGCCGGCCUUCGGGGGGCAGCCGCAGCACGUGCGCGACUUCCUGCUGUACAAGCACUGCCGCGACUUCCCGCUGCUGCAGGACGCGCCGCGCGACAAGUGCGCGCCGCCCGUCUUCCUGCUGCUGGUCAUCAAGUCCUCGCCGCACAACUACGAGCGCCGCGACCUGCUGCGCCGCACCUGGGGCCGCGAGCGCCAGGUGAGGGGCGCCGCGCUGCGCCGCCUCUUCCUGGUGGGCACCGCGCCCGACCCGCUGGAGGCCCACAAGGUCAACCGGCUGCUGGCCAUGGAGGCGCGCGCGCACGGCGACAUCCUGCAGUGGGACUUCCACGACUCCUUCUUCAACCUCACGCUCAAGCAGGUGCUCUUCCUGCGCUGGCAGGAGACUCGGUGCCCCAACGCCAGCUUCCUGCUCAACGGGGACGAUGACGUCUUUGCCCACACAGACAACAUGGUCUCCUACCUGCGGGACCACAGCCCUGACCACCACCUCUUCGUGGGGCACCUGAUCCGCGACGUGGGCCCCAUCCGUGACCCCUGGAGCAAGUACUACGUGCCCGAGGUGGUGACGCCGGAGGAGCGCUACCCGCCCUACUGCGGGGGCGGCGGCUUCCUCCUGUCGCGCUUCACGGCGGCCGCCCUGCGCCGGGCCGCGCGCCGCCUGGAGCUCUUCCCCAUCGACGACGUCUUCCUGGGCAUGUGCCUGCGGCAGGAGGGGCUGGCGCCCGCCUCGCACAGCGGCGUCCGCACGGCCGGCGUCGGCGCCCCCUCGGCUCGCACGUCGUCCUUUGACCCCUGUUUCUACCGCGAGCUGCUGCUGGUGCACCGCUUCUUGCCCUACGAGAUGCUGCUGAUGUGGGACGCGCUGAGCCGGCCCAAUCUCGCCUGCGGCAAGCGGACACAGGUCUACUGAGGGGGUGUCGGGGCCCCAGCCUCUAGGCUCCUGUCUCCACCCCGGGAGGAAGCGGUAGUGUCUCCCCCCAGGAAGCUGAGACCUUUGUCCCCCUAAGUGGGCCAGGCAUAGGGCAGUGCCAGGGAGAGUUUGAUGACUGAAUAGUCUGGCUGGUGAACUCCUACACAUCCUUCAAAAUCCACAUGGUACUGCUUAGACCCUGUUCCAUUGUCCUCCCCAGACUCAGCUGGAGGGACCGUCUCGUUCCAUGGCAGCUAAUGGCAGAAGCACUUCUGCUAGGGUCCAGCUGCUCCUGGUACAUCCAUCCCGUUUGAAUCAAGGUCCCACUUCCCAGCUCUGACC